AUAAUUUAUGUUUGGUACAGGCAAUGAGAAUGUCAGCUGUUUUUUGCAUCACAGGAUGGCUUGCAGUCUGUCUUUCUAUGGAGUCGUACUUACUUGAUAUAGGGAGGUUCUGCACAGGGUAUGGAAUUGGAAUAUUCUCUUAUGUGGUCCCAGUAUUUAUUUCUGAAAUUGCACCUAAAAAUCUUCGUGGAGGACUAGCAACACUAAAUCAGCUUAUGAUUGUGAUCGGAUCAUCUACAGCGUAUAUCUUAGGAACAGUGUUAACAUGGAGAAUUUUAGCACUAACAGGACUACUCCCUUGUCUUUUACUUCUUGUGGGCCUAUUUUUCAUUCCAGAGUCUCCCAGAUGGCUGGCGAAAAUUGGUCGUCAGAAAGAAUUCGAACUAGCAUUACGCAAACUCCGAGGCAAAAAUGCUAAUGUUUCUAAAGAAGCUGCAGAAAUUCAAGCAAGUUUUGAUACUCUGAGAGAUCUUCCUAAAGUCAACAUGUUUGAACUAUUUGAUGCCAAGUAUAUUCGUCCUCUCAUAGUUGGUGUUGGGUUAAUGUUUUUCCAACAAUUUGGAGGGAUAAAUGGAGUCGGAUUUUACACCAGUCAAACAUUUGUAGCCGCUGGAUUUUCUUCAGGAAAAAUGGGAACAAUUUUAUAUGCCAUCAUUCAGGUGCCAGUAACAGUGGUUGGGGCAGUGUUGAUGGAUAAAUCAGGAAGAAGACCACUUCUAAUGAUAUCGGCAACUGGGACGUUUAUUGGAUGCUUCCUGACAGGCUCUUCUUUUUUCCUCAAGGGUGAAGGUCUACUGGUUGACUUUGUUCCCAUUCUUGCUGUUUCUGGAAUACUGGUUUAUAUAACAGCAUUUUCAAUAGGAAUGGGCGCAGUUCCCUGGGUCAUGAUGUCAGAGAUAUUCCCAAUUCAUGUAAAAGGUGUUGCCGGGAGUUUGGUGGUUUUGAUCAACUGGUUAGGCGCCUGGAUAAUAUCCUACACUUUCAACUUUCUCAUGACCUGGAGUUCCACUGGCACGUUUAUGACGUAUGCUGCAUUCUGUGCGCUUACGGUAGUCUUCGUGGCAAAGAUUGUGCCGGAGACAAAAGGAAAAACACUUGAAGAAAUCCAGGCUUUUAUCAACUCAUGAGAAUGAAUGCCAAAUUCGAGAAGCAGGCCAAAGAAAGGAUAUGUAUUUGUAGUUUUCCAAGACGAACAAAUAUGUAUGCCUCGACACAAUCAAUUUGCUACUUUAAGAAAUAUAGUGAAGAUCACAUGGUUGCCUUAGGCAAAAUUCCUACGCCACGACUUGUUUUGGAAAUAGUUUUGGGAGAUCAACGGAUGACCUGAUUUGGUAAUAAAAAUGGGAGAGCAACAAAUGUUUGUAGUUAUAUUUGGUACAAUUAACUGAUAAUUUAGCUUAUUGCUUAUAAGUGUUUUUCGAGCUUAUGACUUAGAGCAUCUGCAUUCGUCCGUUUAAUUGCUCCAUUUAAAUACAGUGUUCCCCGUUCAACAAAGCAACCAUCCAUUAAUGUGUAAGACCAUUGUUACCGCUAACAACUUUGAGCCUUUUNUCCCAAUAAUAAAAAAAACUUUCAAAAUUUCUCAAGUUCUAAUCCUACCAAUCCUGAUGAAUUUU